AACCAAACGGCCCCUAAGGACCAUUUUGGUAGUUUUCUCGUUAAAAAUUGCAGGGCUAAAACCUACGUCUGUAGUGGUAAACCCCCAAAAACCUCUUGUGAGCAACUCCUUAAUCAGAUGUUCAAGGGAAGCAAUUCAAUCCUUGUGAAAACCCCAUUUAAAAUCUUGAAAAUUAUUCAAAUUCAGGUCUCCACUUUGCAUACCAAAAACCCAUUUUCCAAUGGGGCAAUCCAAUUCAUUCUUGAAGAAGGCAAAGCAUUCCAAACCCCACAAACCAAAAAAGAACCAAAACCAACUCAAGAACCAAAUAAGCAAAAUGAAUUUUCAAGAAAACUUAGUUUGAUUUCUCAUCCUUGGCCUGAAUGGAUGAACUUGAUGGACAAGUUGUUAAAAAGUGGCUAUUUGGGAAAUGCUGAAAUGGAUGCAAACCAAAUUAGAACUGCUUGUUUGAAUUUUGCUCGAGACCGCUUUGAUCUUAUAAGCAAAUACGGCCAUGGUAACAGAUAUUUGUCCCAGCAAGAUAUUGGGGUGCUUGCAGGUUGUGGCUGUCCAAGCACGGAUAGAAAAGUUGUCAACUCUGGAAAGCGCCUUAGGGUAUCGUUAGGCAUCGAGGAAGGAAAUGUUUGCAGCUUCUGCAUAUUGAGGGGAAGUUGUGAGAGGGCAUAUAUCAUGGCACGUGAAGAUCAAGGUGGUCGAACUGUUGAUGUUAUGCGUCUUUUAUUGACUUAUGGACUUGAUCCAGUUACUGGUGCUGUCCAGAAUAAACCUUCCUUGAACAAAAGAGUUAAGGAAUCAGCAAGAAAGCUGUUGAAAGAAAUUGUGAGUUUCAGUUCAGAGGAACUCACACAGAAAUCCGCAAGCCCUUCUGAUCACCAAGAAGAAGGUCAGAUCAAUGUUCCGAUGAAACAUGGUGAUUGGUUUUGUCCCAAAUGCAACUUCUUGAAUUUUUCCAGAAAUGUUAAGUGUUUACAGUGCAAUGGCUUAUUUCACGAAAGACUUAGCAAGUUAAGUGAGGAGCAGGAUCAUCUUCCAUUAAAGAAAGGCGACUGGAUUUGCUAUAAAUGCCAUUUUAUGAACUUCGCAAGGAAUACAAGGUGUUUGCAGUGUAAAGAAAAGCCUCCUAAACGGCAGCUUAAUUCUGGAGAGUGGGAGUGUGAAUCGUGCAACUACAUCAAUUUCAAAAGAAACAUGGUGUGCUUGAAAUGUGAUCACAGACGGCCAAAAGCAUCUAGCAGUGCAGGUUCUUCAUCUCGAUCUACAAUACAAAAUCGAAGCAUUAGUCGAACACGGCCUUAUUUUGGUGAAGUGAAUCAAGAAACAGAUAAGGACGUAGAUGAAUGGGAAUUAGUUGAGAGUGACAAUGAAGAUCAUGUUAGCUCAAUGGUAGCAGGAUUCGUUGAUUUUCCUGUUUUAGGGGGGAAUAGCGAAUUAUCUCGAGACGCAAAGAAGCAAGAAAGGUGGAAGAGGGAGAUGAGUGCAAGAGAAAGAGAAAAAGCUGAUGAAUUGCAGUCUUCUUUUAUACCUGAUAGCGGCAGGUAUACUGGGGAUGAGGAAAUGGCUGAGUGGUUUGGGCAUAAAAGUACUCAAAAUGCAGGAAUGUAUUAGAGCCCAGAACCAAUUCUGAGUAUAUUAUGAAAGAGUUUUGUGCAUUUCUCUUUUCUCACAAGGAAAUAUUAUAAUAUA